AUGGCGCAGAAUCCCCAAGCUCCCAAAUCCAAAUGGGGCGUGGGCAAUUUUUUUCAGCAAGCCGUCGCAGGCGUCGAAUCGCGGUUAGAUAACAUUUUAAUGGAUCAGGAGGACGGCUCAAAGGUCACGAAACCGACAACUAAAGAGGUCGAAAGCGCGACGCCUCCAAUCGCUAAGUCGUCCGCUGGAUCAAUUUCGCGGAGCUCUUCCAGUGCGCGCAGAAACGACCGGCUUCAGGAGCGACUAGCACGAGCCAUAGUGAAAUCCAAUACGCCCAGCCGGCACUCGCAGUCUUCGCCGGCACUGGAUUCAACACCAGGCAGUCCUGUCACAACUGAAGAUGUAAGGUCGAGUAUAGAUCUCGAUUCUUCUCCCUCAGUGGCCCCGAGAAUGUCUGAAGAUACCAAGCGGCCUUCGCUCGACGUCGAGGGCGUCCUAGACUCCUCUGACAGACCUCGGGCAAGUCACGAGUCCGAAAGAUUCAACCGCCAGUCUCUCGAGAUAUCUGGAUCCGAACCCCGCCAUUCAAUCGAGGCACAGCAACGCUCAGGCAACCCCAGCUUGGAGCUGUCUAGCUCCCAACGGGGCACGCGUCAGAACGGCCGUGUCUCAGGCGACAGUACUCGCAUGAGCACUGAUACGUCAUCUGAAACGCGGGCAAGUGAGGAGGAACCUCAGUCUCAGUGGCAACAAGAGCGGUACGAAUACCUUGCGCGCAUUGAUGAGCUUCAAAGAAACCUUGGAAAUAUGGUCGAGGAAGCUGCCAAAUCUGCGAAGAGUGCCGCAGCAGCAGCUUCUCCUGGUAGCCCUGCCAAGGAAUUGGCAGAGUCAAGAGAGAAAUAUGCCCUCUUGAUGAAGGAGGGUCAAAAACUCGAGUCAGAGGCCGCAAAUACACGGACUGUGGUAAGGCGAUUACGGCAGCAACUUGCAGAAAAUUCCAGAGUGCAAGCAGAGCUCAAGAGAAAGAAUGAAAAGUUGGAGAAGGACUUGACUGGCAUGGAGAGUCGGGCCAGCCGAGCCGAGGCGGCAGAGAAAAGGGCGAUUGAAUCGCUUUCGUCUCAUUUGAAGACGACAAAGCAGUUAGAAGCGGUGACAAUCGAGCGCGAUGCUCUCAAUCAGACUGUGCGAGAAAUGAAGGCCCAGAUCAGCCGAGCAGUGGCACGUGCGGAAGCUGCUGAGGCUCAGGCUCGCUCCGAUUUUUCUAAGAAAGAGGAGCGCCGGGUCGAAGAACUUGAAGAGACACUGUCGUCGACCAAGAUCGAGCUCGAGAUCUGUCAGGCAAAGUCCCAGAAAGAGAUCGCCGACCUGAAAAGCAGUCUUGAAAAGGAGAAAGAAGGUGCCCAACGGCUGGAAAUCGAGUUGAAGGCAGAGCAGUCCGCUUUGGAAAGCAAAAUGGAAAGCCUUCGCGUCCGUGCAGAAGAGGCAUCCUCCGGGGCUCAGGGGGACACACAGGCCAAAUUACUACGUCAAAUCGAGACUCUACAGACGCAGUACUCGGUCGCUAGCGAGAACUGGCACGCUCUAGAGAGCUCGUACAUCUCUCGACUUGACGCUGCGGAGAAGGAACGCGAUCUGAUCGGCGACAAAGAAAAGGAUCUACGGAAGAGACUCCGGGAAAUGGUAAGAUCCCCAAUGGCCCCCGACGACGGUCACUCAUGGAAUCUGUAUACUGACAGCUCUCUUGGUUUCGAAAAGACUUUGAGAGUGAAGGAGCUAGAAGAGGAAUUGGAAGGCUGUCGGGAGACUGAGAGUGAACUUGAAAGUCAGCUACAUGCACGUUCACAGGACCAUGAGAAGGUGCAGGAAAAGCUCCAGACCGCUACCAACGAGUUGGCCUCCGUCAAGAAGGAGAUCAUUGAGCAAAAGAAGACUUCGGAUGCCAAUUGGGCUCAAAAGCUGGAGGAAGAAAGAGCUCGAUGGCGUGAGCAACUAAGUAGCCUGCAGCAACCCCGGGGUAUUUCACCGGUGCCUUCGACGCGCCGGUCGAGCAACCUUGAUACCAUCCCUUCUAUGCUUUCAGACUAUCGGCCUGGUAGUCGUCGUUCGUCCACCUUGCCCCCUGGCUCGCCUGACAUUGCGACACCACCUCGACAAAACUCUUACCCUGCUUCGGUUACCCAGGGGACGUUAUCGCCUCCUCCAAUCAACACCUCUCUAGGAUUUUCGUCUACGAUAUUAGAAACUCCGUCCAUCACCUUUGAACCGGACGAGUUCUUUGGCUCUGGCGAACCGGCCACUCCAUCUGCAUUUGGAGGCACUCAAACAGCCGCCUCACGGGGGAUCAACGACAUCAUUUCAGAAUCAACCGUUGGCGCAGGGCCGUCCGUGCAACUGGUCGAACGCAUGAGCGCCACGGUGCGUCGACUCGAAAGUGAGCGUGCUGGGGUCAAGGACGAGCUUGCUCGCGUUACCGCACAGCGCGACGAGGCCCGCAAACAAGUGGUCGACCUUAUGCGUGAGCUUGAAGACAAGAAGGCUGCGGACUCACGGGUGAAAGACCUCGAGGCUCAACUUGCCGAUAUUGACCAGCGUUACUUGACUACCCUGGAGAUGCUCGGUGAGAAGAGCGAACAAGUGGAAGAAUUGGAGGCUGACAUUGCUGAUCUGAAACGGAUCUACCGUGAGCUUGUCGACAGCACGAUGAAAUAA